AUGGGGAAUAAUAGCUCAAAGUCUUCGAAGAAAGACGGGUUACAGUCGUACCCGUCGUUUUCUCGAACUGAUACUCAGGGCUCGACAAGGUCGGCCAGGUCCAUUCGGUCACGACUGUCUAUCAAUUCGGACCAUGGCUCAUUCAAAUCGGCUUUAGAGGCUCCAGAGUCAAGCUCGUAUGAUAACCAUUCGUCGAGUUUUGGUGGUAGUGGCGGUCAUGAUACUUUGGCUCCUCCUGAUACAAGCUCUUUUAAUAAUGCAUACUCGUCAUCCCCGAAAAAUUCGCAUAUUCGUGCUAGCAGUUUCCACGACUCUUUGGGCGAUACCAGCUAUGGCAAUAUAAAUACCGGUGCUAGAACUCCAACUGCUAGCAGUUUCGGAAACAGUCUUGCUCCAGGAGCGGCUUCGGCUGGUGGUGCUAGUGGUUCCAAUAGCGGCUAUGACGAUGGCAAUGGCCAAACGGGUGAUGGUUAUCCAUUCCCUUCAGUGUUACCACGAUCAAUGCAACAAAUCGCGCCAAAAGAACCAAUUCUCAUGCGAAGAGAUAGGGAUGGGAAUUUCACGGCGCCAAAUACUCCUGGUGUAGACUCGUUCCCCGACUCGUCAACUCAACUAUCUCAUUCAAAUCUAAACAACGGGUCGGGCGAUGAAUCGAGAAAUAGCAUUAAUCCAGGAUCUGGCUCCGACGGCGCUGCAACUAACACGGCAGCGGGUUCAAACGGUGAUAGCAGCUUUUCUGCUGCUAAUUCCAGCUCUAUAUCCCACAAUAGCACGGUAAAGGACGACAGCACGACUAACAGCUCUAGCAAUCUUAGUAGCAGUUCGGUAGACAACAACAACAACAGCAAUAACGACAGCAACAACAAUAGCAAUAACAACAGUAACAACAGUAGCAGCAGCAACAUAAUAAACAGUCAUAUCCCACUAUCGUCAUCCACUCCCACACAUGAAGGACCACUGGCAAGUUCCCAUACACCUAUGGGAUCUAUGCCCAGUACUCCUAGAAACAUUCCUAGAAUCUCACAUCCAUCAUCACCAGCAACUUCACUGAAUAUUGAAGAAAUCAUCCAACGACUGUUGGACGCUGGAUACAGCGGGAAAACGACCCGAUCCGUGUGUUUGAAGAAUGCCGAGAUCGUGCUUAUUUGCCAGACUGCAAGAGAAAUCUUUCUUUCACAACCAACCCUGCUGGAACUGUCGACACCUGUGAAGAUAGUGGGCGAUGUUCAUGGACAAUAUGGAGAUCUCAUUCGAAUGUUUGACAUGUGUGGCUUCCCACCAGCAGCCAAUUAUUUAUUCUUAGGAGACUACGUAGACAGAGGCAAGCAGUCUCUGGAAACCAUUCUCCUGCUUUUAUGCUACAAAAUCAAGUAUCCAGAGAACUUUUUCCUUCUACGAGGAAACCACGAAUGUGCCAAUGUCACCCGAGUAUAUGGGUUUUUUGACGAAUGCAAGCGACGCUGUAACACCAAGAUUUGGAAAAUAUUUAUUGACACUUUCAACGCAUUACCCAUUGCUGCUGUGGUUGCUCAGAAGAUCUUCUGUGUUCAUGGUGGCCUGUCACCAGCCCUCAACAACCUCAAUGAAAUAAGAAGUAUCGAACGACCCACUGAUGUGCCCGACUACGGACUUCUCAACGAUCUGUUAUGGUCUGACCCGGCCGAUACUGGUAACGAAUGGGAAGAUAAUGAGCGGGGUGUGUCGUAUUGUUUCAACAAAGUGGCCAUUAAUAAGUUCCUGACCAAAUUCAGUUUCGACCUGGUGUGUCGAGCACAUAUGGUGGUGGAAGACGGCUACGAGUUUUUCAACGAGCGUAGUCUUGUCACGGUGUUCAGCGCUCCCAACUAUUGCGGUGAGUUCGACAACUGGGGCGCCGUCAUGUCUGUCAGCGAAGGGCUGCUGUGCAGUUUCGAGCUGCUCAAACCACUCGACUCGGUCGCUCUCAAACAAGUCAUGAAAAAGGGCAAACACGAGCGACGCAACGGCCUCCUUACCAGCCCGUCCCCCUCUGGUCCCCAGAGCUACUAA